AGAUUCAUCAUUGUACGCUACAGGUGUAUAGAGUUGUCUCUUCGUUUAGAUGACAUUUGACCCCGUAUUGGAUUGUCUUACCUGUUAGUGAUUGACAGCUCCUUACCUGACAUGCACAUGUUACCUUUAUAGUCACGUGACCCCAGGUGAGAAGUCGUUUGGUUUCUCUGUCUGUGACUUAACUCUCUGUUGUGAAAAUGGCCGGGGAUGUUAUGUGCCAGUUAGGGGGGAGGAGACUGAUGCUGACGACUUUCCUUGUCAGUAUUUUUUUCUGUGCUGUACAUGGGUUUAUUUAUGGUGCACCCCCGGAUUCGUGUGGAAAUCCGGUCACGUUUCACACUGAAGCUUUAAAUGAAACGCACGUGGGGCAAUUUUUAGCACAGAAUGCAUCCACUAGCAAGUACAAACUUGUGGUCGAAAAAGUUUCCUACCACAACAAAACAUUUGGCAAACGAAAACAAAGUGACAUCAUUCGAGUGACAUUAAAGGCCGCGCCGGGUGAUUUCUUCAGGGGGUUUUUCAUCCAGGCGACACGUGACAAUUAUCCUUUAGAUUCCCAGGACAGACCUGCGUACGGAACCUUCCGAUCAAUUGACUCUAACUCUCAGCCUCGUUUGUGUCGGGCAGCCGUCGGUCAGGUCGGGGGAAUCACGCAUACAGGAAAUAACAACAAAACGGAAGUGUCUGUUGAUUUCAUACUUCCGGUAGGAUGCAAUCUAGGAGAUAUUCAGUUUGUAGCGACAGUCGUAAAGACCUAUAGCCAGUACUGGGUGGAUGUAAGAUCUGACCCUGUCUCACCUAUCGGCUUCCAAGGACAAAGAAGCCUGCUUUGUCGACUGUAUUACGAUCCAUUCAACCAGAGGCUGCAACAACAAGUUCUGCAAGUGCUCCGGCGUCUACAAAUGGCCAACGUCCGCCAACCCGCUCAACCAAGUAUAGGUGCCGGUCGGGCACAGGUGAACCGUCCAGUAGGGCCGCUUGCUUCACAGGGUCUACAACAGGGAUGAGCCCCUCGAAACACGUGCGGGCUAGACUUUUAGUGGCGGGGUCGGUUAGUGGUCGCGGGAGGGAGUAUGGGGACGAAAGACGAACAUUUUGUCAUUUUAUGACAAACAAUGCAAUAAUUUUAAGGAUGUAUCUGUCCGAACUAGUUCCUGUGCGUUCAUCCUGUUUGUUUCUUUUCUACCUGUUUCGACAUUUUAAUACAAUGAAAACACAACUACGUCUAUAAAAUAAACAAGUAUAUUGCCCAAGGUUGAUCUGUGCUAUGUAAACAUGCUUACAAGCAAUCUUUGAAGCUAUUCGGAAGAAACGCUUACACCGGAAGUCCUCGGGAUUUAUCUACAUACUGUGAAUCUGAACAUCCGUCGUACAAUAUAAACAGUUUUUUAAUGUCUGUUAUGCAUAUAUAAGAAACAGAACGUGUUCAUUUUUUUGCAAAAGGUUUCAAUAUUGAUUUUACAAAACAAACAAAUGGCGUAUGACAGAUCUAUUACAGGGAGAACAUACACGCCUAUUACGUCAAUUUUCACGUCCAAGUAAAUUCAUUUCAGUGUCAUGCUGAUACAAAUAAAAAGAAAUUGUAGAUA